CACACCUGAAACGAGACUAUCAAUAGCGUCAUCGGUUGUUGAUUUUAUUUAGGUGUUUUGCCGAUUUUCGCUGCUUUCCACUAUAUUUAAAGCUAUCGUCUAACAUUUCUUGCUAUGGGUUUGCCUGAAUAUAGGAUUUAACAAAUUAUGUCACAUAAUCAAAAGACUUUUCCAAGAUUUGAUCCUCGAAUUGUCGAGAUUAAAAGUAAAUUUGUAUCCGAAUUCCGGCGAUUUAGCGUGGAUAAAACAACACAAACGAGCUUUGAAGAAUUUCGAAAAUUAGUAGAAAGAAUUCAUGGAUUGAAAGAUUGGCCAUUUCUAAUUUGUUACACGGAUUACCAUGGAGAUUUGUUACCAAUUAACAAUGAUGAUAACUAUAGGAAAGCUUUGGAUGUUUCUAAACCAUUACUUAAGCUACUAGUGGAAAAGAAAGGCAGCGUACUGGAGUUGCAGGGAUUUGGGUCGCAAUUAAGGGCUAAACGAGGUGUACUUAGCAAAUUAAUGGGUAGUUCUCAGCCCCAAGAACCACCACGAGUACGACAGGGUCCUAUCAUAUCUUUACCAGAAGACUUUCGAAAAGUGUCUGCAAUUAUAGAUGUGGAUAUGAUACCUGAAAGCCAAAGGAGAGUAAAGCUCAUGAAAAACGGCCAAGAAAAACCUUUAGGUUUUUACAUUAGAGACGGAACAAGUGUAAGAAUAACACCUGCUGGUCUUGAAAAAGUUCAAAGCAUUUUUAUUUCUCGGCUCGUACCUGGGGGAUUAGCAGAAUCUACUGGUUUAUUGGCAGUAAAUGACGAAGUACUUGAAGUCAAUGGAAUAUCAGUGCAAGGAAAAUUACUUGAUCAAGUUACGGAUAUGAUGGUAGCCAAUUCCUCAAAUUUAAUACUUACCGUUAAACCGGCAAAUCAGAGGAAUAACGUUUCUCCAAAGAAAGCUUUGAAAUUGAAAAGUAAUUUAUCGACAACCACUGCUUCAGACACCUCAUCGCAUUCUUACAAUCCUUCUAUUGAUUCUUCCGAAGCGAUUGACGAGGAAGAUGAAGUUCGCCUUUACUUGCCCCAGCCUCUAAAGAACGAAUUUCGAUCCAGCGGCAAAGAAAAUAAUAUCAGAUCGUCCAGUUCACCAUUUAAUGAAGUAUACAAAGUUUGUGCCUUAUCUCAGCACUUAAAAGUAGCCCCGAAAAGGCCUCCAAACGCUUACGCUAUAUUUUUCCAUGAAGUUCGUCCAGAAAUACCAACUCGUAAUGUGCCUGAAAUGGGUCGUAUAGUUGGCGAGAAAUGGAGAGCUCUAGUUGAUGAAAAGAAGGAUGAGUACCGUAUGAAGAGUGAAGAACUAAGAAAUACAUAUGUCAAAGAUAAGGCUGCUUUUUUGCUGUCAUUGUCACCGUCUGCGAAAAGGGAGAUGGCCGAAGAAAUUAGACAAAAAAAAUUAUCUAGGCAGAAGAGAAAAAAACAGGCCGAAAACCGUAAAUUAAACAAACCAAAAGCAGGUCCCACUUCCUCGUUUGCUUGCUUUCUCAAAGAAAAGGAGCACUUAAGACUUGAUCGACCAAUUACAGAAUUUGUAAAACACCUAGCUGAGGAAUGGAAGAAUUUAAGUGAAGAAGAUAAAUUGCCUUAUCAGAACAAAGCAGCAUACAAUCGUGAAGUCUAUCAAGAAAAGCUAGAAAACUGGGAAAAACAAAUGAUUGAUAUGGGUAGAGAAGAUUUAGUUCGCAAAUCGAAAAUUGGCAAGCCUCGGGGUUUAAGAACCGCACGAAAACUUCGCAGUCACCGUCGUGAACAACGCUGGCAUGAUAAGGAUUACAAAAAAUCCCAUUUAGGAACUCGUUGGAAGGCCAAUCCUUUCGGAGGUGCCUCUCAUGCCAAGGGAAUAGUCCUCGAAAAAGUUGGUGUCGAAGCUAAACAACCUAAUUCAGCUAUCAGAAAAUGUGUUAGAGUUCAAUUGAUUAAGAAUGGAAAAAAAAUCACUGCUUUCGUCCCCAACGAUGGUUGCUUGAACUACAUUGAAGAAAACGAUGAAGUUUUGGUUGCCGGAUUUGGUAGACGAGGUCACGCUGUUGGUGAUAUUCCUGGUGUACGAUUCAAGGUGGUGAAAGUGGCGAACGUCUCUCUAUGGGCUCUUUAUAAAGAGAAGAAGGAAAGACCAAGAUCUUAA